AAUGUUCCGAAUGUCUAUUUUUAAAUUUUUUUGCACUUUAAAAAAAGUAAGUUUUCGAAAAAUAUCUUGCUAUAUGUAACGACAUAGAACUGCACAUAUAACAUGAAAGACGUUUUAUUUAGAAAUGUGGCUCUGGAUGAUGUUUUUUGUCCUAAUACCUCGUUGAAAAUCUUAAUCUGCGCAUAGGUUUAUGUUGAGUUCAUCGUUAAUUCACAUAAGAGUUGUGCUUUCAUAAGACAACAUCUACUCUCUUGUCUUUAAAUAGGCUUUAUGUCAUCUGAAUUCUGCUAACUACACAUCUGUGACCUUAACUCAAUUAAUUUAAGUCAAUGCACAUGAAAAGUCUUAUCAACACAAUCGAGGUCGGCAAUGUAUGUAGCUAUUUGUGUUGAGUUUUGUCUUUUUCCGCAGAUGCAAGUGUACAACAAUAAAGAAAAAUAUUUCAAAUACAUUGAAAAACAUUCAACACUUUUCGGUUUUCUUCUAUAUCUGAUUGGACUGAUAUGGUUUUGUCUUUUGUCUCAAGAUGAGCUCAACUAUAAAACCUAUAUGAGUGAGAAUGCCCUACUUAUUGGUCAGGUGAAUGAAAUCUUUGAUGAUGUUUUUUCCUCUGUUGAAUUUUAUGAAGAAUCUAAGAAGGCAUUUAAAUCUAAUGAGAUUAUUGGUUUAAAACAAUGGUUAUCUAUACAGCUUAGCACAAUCGGUCUAGAAGUUUAUUCACAGAAUUUCAGUUUCUCUCAUGAUAUACUUUCGCCUUUAAAGUCAAUUAAUGGAUCGAAUUUAUACGGCAUUAUGAGGUCACCAAGUGGUGGUCGAACUGAAGCACUUGUGAUUAUUACGUCAUUAGGUGAUAAUCCAACUUAUUUUGGAAGUCUUGCUUAUGUUUUAUCCCUGAGUAAACUGUUCAGAAAUCAAAUACACUGGGCUAAAGAUAUAAUCUUCCUGUUUCCGGAAUAUGAAUAUAUUGGUUUGAUGGCAUGGCUUGAAGCUUACCAUGGGACCAUAAAUUCAGACAAUCUCUUCUGGUCAGAACUUGAGGGUAGAAGUGGUAGUAUUCAAGCUGGUUUAAGUUUGGAAUUCCCUAAUUUGUACCAGUCAGCAAUUGAUAUAUUGCCUGAAGGUCCUAAUGGUUUAUUAGCUAAUUUGGACUUAGUAAACACUGUUGUUCGACUAGCUGAAGCCCAUUCUGUGGUAACACGUGUUAAUAGUCAGCCUUAUGAUUAUAGACGGGUUACAUUUGGAACUAGAAUAAAUGAUAUGAUGGGGCUAAUGAAGGCAGUAUGGAAUCAAGGAUCAAAUUCUCCAACUGGUUUACAUGGUCCUCUAAUUAAUUAUCAAAUUCCUGCUAUUACAUUACGGGCAGAACAGAAACACCGAUCCACAGUUCCACGUAGUUCAGAAGUUCUUUCAGUUACAAGAUUACUUGAAGGUAUUCUUCGUUCGAUAAAUAAUUUACAAGAAAGAUUUCAUCAAUCAUUUUGGUAUUAUUUUCUCCCUAAUCCAUAUCGAUAUAUUUCAAUUGGUGUUUAUAUGCCACCAGUUUUGAUCAUGAUUUUAAGCCUUUUAUUAAAGCCAGUUCUCUUUUGGAUGUUAUUAAAUCAAUCCGAUUCGGAUAAUUAUAAUAAUGAUGAUGAUGAUCAAAUGAUGAUGAAUAAAAAAAUAGACUCGUCUAUAUUAACCAAUUCCAAUUCAUCUCAAUUAGAUAAUCAUCAUAUUGAGAAAUUAGUCGAUGAUAAUACUCAAUUAAUUAAUAAUGACCAAACAAUUCGUCAGCGUAAUCAAAAAAAGUCAAUCAUUGAAAAACAAUCGAUUGUGGAUGAAAGAAAAAAUGAUCAAAAUGAAAAGCAACUUGAAUCUAAUUCACCGUCAUACUCUAGCGCUACUCCUCCAUAUAUACUAUGCUUAAUUCUGCGUCUUACUUUAUGCUUUUCUACGGGAUUUUUACUGCAUUCUUCACCCAAGUAUUUAUUUAAGUUAUCCAACUUAUUAUUAGUUGGCAGCCAAUCAGUCAGUUCCACUUUUAAGUUGGUUGAUAUAUUUCUAAUCGGUAUUACUAGUUUGAUAAUUGCCGUCAUGAUUGUUUUACCAAUCCUUAUGCUUAUCAUAAAAAAACUUUUGAAUUUAUAUGAAGCAGAUAAACAAGAUCUUACCGGCCAGUUAUGUCUUUUUAGUUGGGCAUUAUUUUUAAGUUGUUUGACAUGCUUAAAUAUAUCAUCAGCUGUUGUUCUCGGUAUUCCAAUUGUUCCUCUGUUAAACCUAUUUGUACAGAGAAAAGACAAUGUCGAAAUUAAAAAAUCAUUUACAAUGAAACUAGUAAAAUGUUUCACUAUCAUUGGCUGGUUAACUACAUUUACACCGAUAUUAAUUAUUGUAAUGUGUAUCAUCAAUUCUAGAAUUCAACAACAACAUUAUCCAAUAAGUGUAAAUGCUGUUCGAAAUUGUUAUGAAAAAUGCAUUUUACAAAGUUUGAUUGAAGCAGAUUUAUUUGGUUGUUGGACAUGGCCAGUUAUUACAUGUGGAUAUACAUCAUUAUGGUUAUUAACAUGGUUAGCUAUUUUCUGA